AUAAAUACCAAACACAGAAGCGAUAUUAAAAACGAGGUGCGGGACUUACCACGAAUCGCAGCUCUCGAAGCAGAUUGAUUGACCUAGACCGGGAAGAGGCUUGUGAUGGAGGGUCACCAGUCUGUUACUCAUUCCGCGUGCGACGGUGCCAGGGGGGAUAGGGCGGAGAUACAAUUCCCAAAUUACGACUUCCAAGACACCCAGCCAGAAUGGUGUAAGAGACCGAGCGAUCGCCGAGAAUGUCGUUGUGUAAUUGUCGGUGUGGUUGCGAGAUUGCGAUUACGGAUAACCGUGUCACACUGUGUGCUUCAUGCGUUGUCGAAAAUCGGUGGUGAGGGACCAGGGAGAUGGAAAGAUCGGCUCGAUUCCGUGGUGACGUCGCCAAGGGUGUUAAGGAUCGAGAAAGACUGUCUCGACUGCUAUGGACAGAGUCGGAUCGUGAUAGGUAUAGAAAAUGUCGAGACGACAGAGUUGAUGCGUAUGAGACUGGAGAGUGAUGUCCCUGAAUAUCAACCGAUCAACUCAGCAGUGGAACACGUCCGCUUCGGCCAACGAUGUCAUCAGCCCUCGAUCAGAUGCGGGAAGAUCGGCGAAAUUCCCUGAAGCGUGCAAGCCCCAAGCCUCGACAAGUCGAAAUUCGCGGGGUGUCCCAAUUCCAAACCGGAAACGCGCCAAUGAUGGGCGAUCGGUCCUCUACUAGCUAUGCAAAGGGAGUGCCUCAAACAGUGACGAACCCGCCGGUCCGAGUCGCUGCCGGUGACUAUCAACUGGGCGGAUCCACACCAAGCAGGUUUUUGCGCCGGAGUCUGGGAGAGCGUGCGGGUUCCGGAAUCGAAGGAGUACGAGGAUUGGAGAUACACGUAGGAUUGGGAAGUUGGCAGAUUGAGUUUUUUUUGGGAAUAGGUUGUGCGAUAUUGAUCCGCUGUCUCCAUGUUGCGGAUUUUCGGGCAAGUCAAAUUCAUCUUA